CUCUGAAUAUUAAUUUUCCUUAGAGUUAAGAAGAUUUUAUGUAUGUUUAUUUUCUAAGUUCCCCCUCCCCACUUAACAGUAUCCCAUCAACUUUUUCCUCUUUAUCAGUGUUAAAUCUCUUAUCAAUAUUUUAGAUCAGAAGGGGCCAGUUUUGACUUUGCAUUUUCAGGGGAAGGAAUGAGAUUGGAUAAAGACUCAUCACCCUUGUCUGCUGGGAUAUUGCCCAGGCUUUGAUCUGUGUAAGGCAAACGCCCCAGGAAAAGAAAGUGCCUUUUAUCUAUUGCCCUCAGACUUGCUAGGCAGCUGCCCUGAGUUAAGAACAAAACAUCUGCCCAGACCAACCUUGACUUCUAUCUUUAUCAGGUGCUGGACUCUGGUUUUACUAAAUCUUGAUAGCCAUAAAACAGUAUGUCUGUUAUCCUUACACUUGCUCCUCCGCCCUCUGUCCUCUGUUUGUAAACACCCCCCACCCCCUACCCUCUGUCCUUCCCUGCACAGGAAUGCUGGGAGCAUGGCCCUGCUCUAGGGAGCUUAGCUCCAUCAGCCCCCAAAGUGUCCCCUCCUCCCUUCUGAUCCAAGUCAGGCUCUCCAGGAGUUUGCAGCCCCCAAGGAACAGAAUGGAAUGCACAAAGCACAGAUUUUCAGGUUGGGCCCUGGCGCCUCCAUGGAUGGCCUGCUGCCUGGGCACUCACGUCCUCAGUCAGAGCAGCUCCCUAUCAGCAUGGCGGGGAAACCCUGCCCGUAUGUGCCUGAGCGUCUGAGAUGGGGCAUUUGGAUGCCAGCCCCUUCCUCAUCUCUCUGCCCACACAAGAGAGGCUGUCAACGUGGAGAACCAACAGGAAGGCACUCAAUGGUGUCGUUCUGGGUGUUCCUACAGCAUCAUUGUCUUCCCAGGAGCCCACAGCUAAUACCAGUCCUCCAAGACUUGGAGCAAAAGCUCAAAGAGGCAUUUUCAAAGACGUGUUGGGUCUUGAUUAGGUUUGGGAAAUGUGAAGUUCAGAGUCUGGUGGAUUCUGGUCAAAUAUUAGCAAAGGGAAAGACAGGAAAUUUAGGGGAUGUUAGGCUCUAAGUGAUGGUUAAGAAUAUGAGUGCUGGAACAAACUGGUAGGGGUUCAAAUGACCACGUACUAGCAGGAACCAAAUUCCUGAAAAUGUGCCUCAUUUUCUUCAUCUGCAAAGUAAGGAUGAUUAAGUGUCCUACUCUGUAGAAAUGUAGUGCGUAUUAAAUGACUUAAUACAGGUAAAGGGUUUAGAAUGGUGCUCGGGACACCCUGAGCACUGGGUAAAAUGUUAGCAGUGGCUAUUUUAAGUUGGCUGCCUGAUUUCUCCCAGAACUCAGGCCCAAGCUAAUGUGUGCCAUUGUCCUUUGGACAGACAUUCAGGCUGAGGAGGUGAGGGUGGGGGAAAGAGAAGGGGAUGGAAUAGAGUCAGCCCCUGACAGACAGCCCAGGCUCCUGUUUCCAUCUUGUCUGUGCUCAGUCACAUAACAGUCUCUCUCUGGUUCUUGGAGAGGCACAUGGAAGAGUGACCAAUGUCUGGGCCGCUGAGCUAUUGUGCAGGUGUGGAGGGCCACGCCAGCUUGAGUCACGUGGCAAAUCCCCAGGGCUGUUCCUGGAGCCUACCCUGUCCCACAGACGAAGACUCAGCCAUGAGUCACUACAUUCAGGCGGUACGUGGGCCUUAGUCACCUGGCGCCUCUUCCUACCAGUACCUGCGAUUCAGCGUUCACAGCCUGCACCAGGCUCUCUUAUCCACCGUAAACUCCUCUCCUUUCUUCUCUCCUUCCCUUCUCUCCUUGCUCCCUACCCCUUGAGCUCUCAUUGAUCAGAUCUUGGCUGAUCUCCCUGACAAUUUGGACGGGUUGAGCCUGACAGAUGGAUAAUGGAGACUGGAGCUUCUAAUGCCACCCCCACACCCUGCCAGAGACAUUGCCAGGAAUGACUGAUAAGCACACAGGAUGCUGCCUACAUCAACAUGGUGACAUUUCUGUAGUCUGGGGGUAGAUGUAUCCAAAAAGAUUCCCCUCUCUGCGGCUGACUGCCACAGGAAUUUCCACUAUAAGUCAUUCGUUCUGGUGACAAGAGCCCAACUGUCCCCUCUGAGAAUGGAAAUAUACCUACAGUGCAUGGGGACUCCUUCAACUAUAUCACUUAUUUACACUUCGGUGUGAACCUGCUCGUUACACAAAGAGUGAGUACCUGCUGUGUGCCAAGCACUAUUUCAAGGCACUUGGAAACAGUAGUGAACAAAAGGGACAGAAGUCUCUGCCUUCUUCAAAGUGUCAUUCUGGUGGAAGGAGUCAGAAAAUGAACGUGAUUAAUAGUGGCUCCCUUCACUCCCCUUCUCCCCACCCAGGGCACCCAUGGACAGCCAGGGGCUGAUGAGCUCACUGUGAGGCCUCUGAGACAGACCCACUUGCCCAGUCCUGUCCUGGGGAGUAGGGAUGGGGGGUGCUCUGACGGCAGAUGGGCGUGCCAGCCGCAGGAUUCCUGAGGCCCGCCUUGCAGUGGGCUACGCCCAGCCAGGGAGUCUCCAGAGGUGAGGCCGUUCUUUAAAAACUGGGAGCCAGGAGAAGAGACCCCACAUUCAAGGGGUGCUCUUAGAGGCCAUCUGGAGAAAGAAGAGCAGCGGCACGGAGCCAGGUGAGGUCCUCUGUGGGGAUUCCCCCCAUUGGCUGAAAAUGAGGCUACUCCUACUCCUGUGUUUUGUCUUGCCCAGCCUCCUGUGUGCCCAGCAAUCCUGCUCCCGCGGGGCCUGCUACCCACCUGCUGGGGACCUGCUCAUCGGGAGGACCCGGUUUCUCCAUGCUUCAUCUACCUGUGGACUGACCAAGCCUGAGACCUACUGCACCCACUAUGGCGAGUGGCGGAUGAAAUGCUGCAAGUGUGACUCCAGGUUGCCUCACAAUUACAAUGGUCACAGAGUGGAGAAUGUGGUUUCAUCCUCAGGCCCCACGCGCUGGUGGCAGUCCCAGAAUGAUGUGAACCCUGUCUCUCUGCAGUUGGAUCUGGACAGGAGGUUCCAGCUUCAAGGUAUCAUGAUGGAUUUUAAGGCACCCUUGCCGGCCGGGAUGCUGAUUGAGCGCUCCACAGAUUUCGGUAACACCUGGCAGGUGUAUCAGUACCUGGCUACCGACUGUGCCUCUGUCUUCCCCCGGGUCCGCCAGGGCCAACCUCAGAGCUGGCAGGAUGUUCGGUGUCAGUCCCUGCCCCAGAGGCCUAACGGGCACCUGGAUGGGGGGAAGGUUCAACUUAACAUUAUGGAUUUAGCAUCUGGGAUUCCAGCAACUCAAAGUCAAAAAAUUCAAGAGCUGGGGGGAAUCACAAACUUGAGAAUCAACUUCACCAGGCUGGCCCCCGUGCCCCAGAGAGGCUACCAUGCCCCCAGCGUGUACUAUGCAGUGUCCCAGCUGCGUCUACAAGGGAGCUGCUUAUGUCAUGGCCACGCGGACCGCUGCGCCCCUAAGCCUGGAGCCUCUGCCGGCCCCUCUACCGCGGUGCAGGUCCAUGACAUCUGUGUCUGCCAGCACAACACCGCCGGCCCCAACUGUGAACGCUGUGCACCCUUCUACAACAACCUGCCGUGGAGACCUGCAGAUGACCAGGACCCCCAUGAAUGCCAACCGUGCGACUGCAACGGGCACUCUGAGACCUGUCACUUCGACCCAGCUGUGUUUGCCGCUAGCCAGGGGGCACACGGAGGGGUGUGUGAUGACUGCAGGGACCACACCGAGGGCAAGAACUGUGAGCGGUGUCAGCUACACUAUUUCCGUAACCGGCGUCCCGGAGCUCCCAUUCAGGAGACCUGUAUCCCCUGCGAGUGUGAUCCGGAUGGGGCAGUGCCCGGGGUUCCCUGCGACCCAGUGACUGGGCAGUGCGUGUGCAAGGAGCACGUCCAGGGGGAGCGCUGUGACCUGUGCAAGCCGGGAUUCACAGGACUCACCUAUGCCAAUCCGCAGGGCUGCCACCGCUGUGACUGCAACAUCCUGGGGUCUCGCCAGGACAUGCCGUGUGAUGAGGAGAGUGGGCGCUGCCUGUGUCUGCCGCACGUGGUGGGCUCCAAAUGUGACCAGUGCGCUCCCUACCACUGGAAGCUGGCCAGCGGUCGGGGCUGCGAGCCGUGUGCCUGUGACCCUCACAACUCCCUCAGCCCCCAGUGCAACCAGUUCACAGGGCAGUGCCCCUGUCGAGAAGGGUUUGGUGGCCUGACCUGCAGCGCUGCUGCCCUCCGCCAGUGUCCCGACCAGACCUAUGGAGACACAGGCACGGGAUGCCGAGCCUGUGACUGUGACUUCCGGGGAACAGAGAGCCCAGGCUGUGACAAGGCCUCAGGCCGCUGCCUCUGCCGCCCCGGCUUGACUGGACCCCGCUGCGACCAAUGCCAACGAGGUUACUGUGACCGCUACCCGGUGUGUGUGGCCUGCCACCCUUGCUUCCAGAGCUAUGACGCUGACCUCCGGGGGCAGUCCCUGCGCCUCGGCGGCCUGCGCAAUGCCACUGCCAGCCUGUGGCCGGGGCUGCGUCUGGAGGAUCCUGGCCUGACCGCCGGAAUCAUGGGUGCGAAGAGCAAGAUGGAGCAGAUCCAGGCAAUUCUCGCCAGUGCCUCGGUCACCGAGCAGGAGGUGUCCCAGGUGGCCAAUGCCAUUUUCUCCAUCAGGCGGACUCUCCAGGGCCUGCAGCCUGAUCUGGCCCUAGAGGAGGAGACCUCGGCCCUCCAGGGAGACCUGGGGAAUCUGGACAGAAGCUUCAAUCACCUCCUCCUUAUGUAUCAGAGCAAGAAGGAACAGUUUGAAAGGAUAAGCAGUGCGGAUCCUUCAGGGGCCUUCCGGGUGCUGACCGAAGCCUACCAGCGGUCCUCCCAGGCCUCGCAGAGGGUCUCCGACAGCUCCCGCCUGCUCCACCAGCUCAGGGACAGCCGGAGAGAGGCGGAGAGUCUGCAGGGGCAGUUGGGAGGAGGAGUGGGAGCCAGAGACCCCCAGCUCACAGCCCUGAGCCUGCGGAUGGCUUCCUUGCCUGAUCUGACGCCCACCAUCAACAAGCUCUGUGGGGGCUCCAGGCAGACGGCCUGUACCCCAGGAGCAUGCCCCGGAGAGCUGUGUCCCCGAGGCAAUGGCACGGCUUGUGGCUCUCACUGCAGAGGGGCCCUCCCCAGAGCAGAGGAGGCCUUCCGGACGGCGGGCCAGGUGGCCAGGCAGCUGCAGGGUUUCAACGCCCAGCUCCAGCAGACCAAGCAGAUGAUCAGGGCAGCCGAGGAGGCCGCCUUGAAGGUGCAGUCGGAUGCUCAGCGCCUGGAGACCCAGGUGAGCGCCAGCCACUCCCAGAUGGAGGAAGAUGUCAGGCGCACACGACUCCUCAUCCAGCAGGUCCGGGACUUCCUGUCAGACCCUGACACUGAUGCAGCCACCAUCCAGGAGGUCAGCGAGGCCGUGCUGGCCCUGUGGCUGCCCACAGACUCUGCCACAGUCCUGCGGAAGAUGAAGGAGAUCCAGGCCAUCGCGGCCAGGCUACCCAAUGUGGACCUGGUGCUGUCUCAGACCAAGCAGGACAUUGCUCGGGCUCGCAGACUCCAGGCUGAGGCUGAGCAGGCCAGGAGCCGAGCCCAAGUGGUGGAGGGCCAGGUGGAGGAUGUGGUGGGGAACCUGCGUCAGGGCACACUGGCACUGCAGGAGGCUCAGGACACCAUGCAGGCCACCAGCCGCUCUCUUCGGCUUAUCCAGGAAAGGGUUGCUGAGGUUCAGCAGGUACUGGGGCCCGCGGAAAGAUUGGUGGCCGGCAUGACGGCGCAGCUGGGUGACUUCCGAGCGCGGCUGGAGGGGCUCCGCCUCCAGGCCAGGAAGCAGGGGGCACAGGCCGCUCAGGCCCAGCAGCUCGCGGAAGGUGCAGAACAGCAGGCGCUGAGCGCCCAGGAGGGAUUUGAGAGAGUAAAGCAAAAAUACGCUGAGCUGAAGGACCGGUUGGGUCGGAGCCCCAUACUGGGGGAGCAGGGCAGCCGGAUCCUGAGCAUCAAGACGGAGGCAGAGGAGCUGUUUGGGGAGACCAUGGAGAUGAUGGACAGGAUGAAAGACAUGGAGCUGGAGCUGCUUCGGGGGAGCCAGGCCAUCGAGCGUCGCUCUGCAGACCUGACAGGGCUAGAGAAGCACGUGGAACAGAUACGCGACCACAUCAACGGGCGUGUGCUCUACUAUGCCACCUGUAAGUGACGUGCCAGCUCCCAGCUCCUGGCCCCGCUGGUCUGUCCUCUUUACUUUUGGAGGACAGACUGGGUUGGAAUACUUUCCAGCUCCAAGAGACUUGUAUACAGUUGAAAGCACAGUGUGGCCCACCCCUGGGGUACAGCUGUUAAGAUUGCUCUGGGCUGCAGCUGAGCUUGAGCUGAUGGGAACUACAUUUGAGAGACAGAGAGGCUGGAGGUGGCCCUGCCUUUGUGCCGAGGAGCGGAGCUCUCACGUGCAGGGAGCUUGGCUGGUCAGCACCCAUGCCCUUCAUCCUCCUCCAAGGCUGAGUCCUGGUUGGGCAAAAAAAAUAACAAAAAAUGAUGUACAAGUGAAAAGCCCAAUAAAAAUCUUCAGAAAGAAGUCUGAAGGUUGAAAGAG